UUUACAUUUUGUCAAGUCGAGUCUAAAGUCAUCAAAUUCAUGACUCGAGUCUGACUCGAGUCCAAGUCAUGUGACUCGAGUCCACACCUCUGCUUUUUAGUAUAAUUGGUCAAGAGGUAUUUAAAAAAACUUAAAUGUAAAUAUUAAAAACUACUACUACAGUACUAAAAUACAUUUUCAGAUUACAUUUUCUUAUGUUGGGUUCACUGUUAAAAUAUGUUUUCCAUGGACAAUAUAAAAUGUAUAUUUGUAAAAUCUUACCUCAUUUUUUUUAUUAUCUUAUUUGGGUUCAAUUUUUACAUUAUGACCGUAACCACAUUUGUUUAUAUACAUAUUUUACGAUUAUCCAUCCAUCCAUUUCCUACCUCUUGUCCCGUUCCGGGUGGCAGGACAUGUCGCUGGAGCCUAUCUCAGCUGCAUUCGGGUAAUAUUUUAAAACACUUGUCAAUUACACUUGGCAACCACAUGAUGUCGCUAGUGACUUCUUCUACUGCGACAAUUUCCUCUUGAUGAAACUGACUUCACUGUGUUUGCAGGAGCUUCAGAAACUGCCACCUCGAGCUCCUCUUCACCACUGAGUAAAUAUUCAUAUUUUUAAUAUUUAUUAUUUGUAUUUAUAUGCAAAACAGUUUCGUCGAAGUGGGGAUAUUGUACCGGGGUUCAAGCACGUACAGACCUGGGGGGCCUGGGCUUUUGUAAAAAAAAAAAAGAAAUAAUAAAAAUUCCUAUAUAAAAUUGGUACAAAAAAAGACGUCAAAAAUCUUAAUAUAAAAUAUAGCCCUGGACGUUCAAUAAAAAGGUUGCUUGAGUCAAAUUAAAAAUGUCUGAGACUGCCUACAUCUCCCUAUCAAAAAUACGAAAUGGUUGAUUCCACCUAUAGGUAGCAGCAAUAAAAACUUCAAACAGUCACUCACCACAGACGUCAUCAUAGCUCACAUUUAAACACAGCACCGACAUUUUGGAACAAGGCGAGGUGAGAGAAGUGAGCAGACACCAAGAUGCCGAGUAAACAGAAGCAGAGGAAACGCAGGAAUAUCCAGAAACAUAAAACGCCCUAUCAGAGGUCCUGUCAACUCCUUACACCCAAGCAGGAAGAGAGUGAGGAGCAAAAAGCAGAACAUGCGCAACACAAGGUGAGACGUAGAAAUUCGUCGCGUCAGCAGCAAGUCAAGAAUGUUCCCAAAUCACCAGGUGGGCAAACCUCAGCACCACAGGAGGACCAGACUGUAACUUCUCUGGAGGAUGAGACACCUUCUGAGCUUCAGAGAGUUCAGACAGAGCCUUUAGAAGACUUACCACAAGAUGAUGGUUCUGUUGGAUCCUCACAGGAGGAUGAGGCCCCUGAGGGACAACAAUCACCAACAGGAGUUCAAGAAGAUGAGACAACUGCAUCUUCUCUGGAGAACAGCACAACUGCAAGGCUGCAGGUGGUGGAAGCUACAUCCGAGGAGGAAAGAGACCCUCAUGAGGUCAAGGCAGAUGUUAGAUCCUACGAGCAUGAGACCAUUGCUGCACCUGAGAACCAUGAGACAUUUGCAACAGCUCAAGAGGAUAUGACCGUUGCUCCUCUGGAGGACAAUACCACUGCAGUGCUUCAGGAUUUUCAGAAAAAUCAAGUGUCACCGAUAGCUGAUUACUCCGCGGCAUCAUCACAGGAGGAUGAGACCCUUGAGGGACAUGGAGAAUAUAACACAAUUACAGCCAGACAGCAGGAUGAGGUAACAAAUGAUGAAACAGAAUGGAUGGAAGAGUCACAUGCAGUAGGUCGGGAAGAUGAGAACACUGCACCUCUUCUGGAAGAUAACACAACUGCAAGUCUACAGGUUGUGGAUUUUGCAUCCCAGGAACAGGAAAGAGUCCUUCAAGAGGUUCAGACAGAUUCCCAAUCCUAUGAGGAUGAGACCUUCACUGAACCUCAGGAGGACGGGAUUUUUGCAACACCUCAAGAGAUGGAUGCAGCCCAUGCUCCUCUGGAGGAUGACAUAGCCAUUGCUUUUCUGGAGGAUGAGGUCACUGCCGUUCUUCAGGAGAUUCUGACAGAGAUAGUCAUCAAAGAGGAGGUGCCACUUGAUAAGCCUGUUGCAUCAUCACAAAAUAAUGAGACCAAUGCUCCUCUGAAGCAUGACACAGCCAUUGCUUUUCUGGAGGAUGAGUUCCCUGCAGUUCCUCAGGAGAUUCUAACAGAGAUACUCAUCAAAGAGGAGGCAACACUAGAUGAUGAGCCUGCUGCAUCAUCACAAAAGAAUGAGCCCCAUGGAUUUGCAGAAGAUGCCUCAUUUAUAGCAGAGAAACAGGAUGAUUUAGCAAAUGAUGAAGAAUGGAUGGGGGAGUCACCGGCAGUAGUUCAAGAAAAUGCAAAAACUACAGCGCUACAGGUGGUUGAAGCUGCAUCGCAGGAGCAGGGAAGAGUCCAUCAGGAGGUCAAGACAGAUGUCAGUUCUCAUGAAGACGAGACAAUCACUGCACCUCAGGAGCAUGAUACGUUUGCAUCAUGGCAAGAGGAGGAUACAACUGGAGCUCUUCUCGAGGAUACCGCAACUGUAUCCCGUGGGGAUUUCAUAGAUCAAGAGCCUCACAAGGAUGAGACCACUGCUGCAUCGUCCAAAGAUGAGACUGCUGCAUCAUUCCAUGAGGAUGGAGCAUCUGCAGGACUUGAGGAGGACGACACAGAUUCCACAGUUGAUGAAGAUGAGAGCACUGCUGACUUGUUAGGACAAACCGCUUUAGGAAAUGCACCACACGCAACUCACAAUGAAGUGAGAUGUCCACAUCCUCCAUUGGAUGUAAAACAUGCAAGAUUAGUCUCCUUCAACAUGAAAAAGCUCAUGAUGAAAGCAUGGCUUCACCUUGGAAGGAUGAGGCUGCGACCUCAAGCCAGCAAGAUGACACCUCAAAUGGGAGGAACACCUGGAGACCUCACGGCGGAUGGCACUGAUACAGAUCUGCAGUUGGAGGAUAAAACUGAUGAACUUCAGGAGGAGGAAAGUACGGAAAACACUGAGGUGUUUCUUCAAGAGGAUGAGAACACAAUUACAAUUGAGGUGGAAGAGAUAGUAGCCUCAGUUCUGAAAGAAGCAACAUCUGCAGCACUUGCGAUCAUAGAGGCAAAUGCAGUGCCCGAAGACGAUGUGAUGUUUGCUGGACCGCAAAAGGAGGACACAGAUUCAGGAUCUCAUGAAGUCCAGGAAAGUCCAGCACCAUACAAGGAUGAGACUAAUGCAGCCUCUCAACAAGAAGCCACAAAUGGGGCAGAGGAAACUACUUCAACUCCUCAGGAGCAAUUUGAAGGUGGUGAGGAAGCUCAGAAGGACCACACAACUGCUACACUUCAAGAACAUGAUACACCGGUAGCCCAUUCCGAAGAUGAAACUAUUAAAGCACCUUUUGAUGAUGAGACCCACUUGUCAACAGAAGAACAAGCUGCUACAUCACCUUUGGAGAAUGAGAGCCUGAAGGAAGACAUAACGGCUGCAGCUCAAGGGGACUGGACAUCCCAAGCUUCUCCGGUCGAUGGUACAGCUGCUGAAGAUCAGCAGACAGAACGAGCUUCAGUAUGUCAGGAAGAAGAAAGUCAGCAGGAUGCAACAACUCUAGAACUUCAAGAGGAGGACACAAGUCCUGCAACCCAAGUCGAUCAAAUAAGUACAUCCCUAAAGAAUAGAAAAACAUCAGAAAAUCAGGAAGUUGAGAUAAAUGUUGCACUUCAGGGGAAUGAGACCACUGCUGCACAUCCGGAGAAACUGGCAAACAUAGCACCAGAGGGGGAUAAGACUUCAACAUCAGUUGUGGUGGACGCAACAACUGCGGAGAAAACGAGUGUUGCAACACAAGAGGAUUACACAACUGAAGCUCUGUUAGAGGAAGAGAGAACUUCACAAUCUAAGACAUAUGUGGUCAUACAAGAGGAUGAGACACCUCUGCAAAUCUUGGAAGAUACCAACGGUGCAAUCCUUGAGGAGACAACCAUGGUGUCACAAGAGAAUGAAACCGUCCACCAGGACCCUGACCCAUCGGCGAACAAGCACAAAACUGAUGCACCUCAGACGGAUGAGAAUGGUUUGCUUCAGGAGCACAGAGAACAUAGCACGUUUGACACCAAUAUAGUUAUUCAGGAGGAUGCGACACUCAUGGUUACAGCACUGCAGGGAGAUGAGCUAAUUACUGUUGAGAUGCAUCCUGUACCUCACCAUACCACUCCUGCACACCAAAGACAGGAGAUGUUUGCAUUUGUUCAAGAGGAUGAGACUCUUCAGGGGGAGGACAAAAUGGUUGAACCUCAAGACUAUCACAAUGUUCUGCAAAAAGAAACACAUCAAGAGGAUACAAAUGAAGAGACAGCUGUUUUAUACAAGUGGGAUGAGACUGCUACACCAGCAUUGCAGAAUGAGACAAAUGUUGAACCUCAUGAGGACAACAUGACUACUGAAACUCAGGCAGAGGCUGAACCUGUGCCGAUUUUGAACAAUGAGGCCAAUAUAGAAUCUCAGGUGGAUGAGAUAGUUACAGAACUUCCGAAAAUUGAGUCCACUACACCAGCUUUGCCAAAUGAGAAAAAAAUUAAACUUUGCGAGAUUGAAACAGCCGUUUCACCUCAGAAUGAUGAGACACAAAUCAAACCUCAGGAGGAUCAGACCGGAUCAGAACCUAAGGAACAUGAGACUGCUAUACCAGCUUUUCUGAAUGAUGUUGAACCAGAGAAUAGUACUAUACCCGAGCAGGAGGGUACCAUGUCUGAACCUCAAGAAAAAGAGAGUUCUACACCAGCUCUGCAGAAUGAGACAAAUGUUGAACCUCAGGAGGGCGAGAUCUUUGCAUCACCUUUGGAGGAUGAUACAUCAGCUCUACAGAAUAAGACAAAUGUGGAACCUAAAGUAGAUACAAUGCUGGCUACACCUCAGGAAUAUGAGAUCCCUGCUGUGUGUCUAGGUUUUGAGACUGCUACAUCAGCUUUGCAGAAUGAGACACAUUUAGAAUCUAAGGAGGGUUACAUCUUUGCUGCACCCCAGGAAGAUGAGACAUUAUCUCCAGAUUUGCAGAAUGAGACAAAUGCUCAAUUCCAGCAGGGUGAGAUCUUUGCAGUACCUCAGGAGGAUGGUACAUCACCUCUGCAGAACGAAACAAAUGUGGUACCUCAAGUGGAUAUAAUGCUGACUAAAACUCAGGAAGAUGAGACUACCACUGCUGCAUGUCAAGAGAUGGAUAUGAUCCUGGCUGUACCUCAGGAAGAUGAGACUCCUACACCAGCUUUGAAGAAUGAGACAAAUGUAGAACUACAAGUAGAUAUGAUCCUGGCUGUACCUCAGGAAGAUGAGACUCCUACACCAGCUUUGAAGAAUGAGGCAAAUGUAGAACUACAAGUAGAUAUGAUCCUGGCUGUACGUCAGGAAGAUGAGACUCCGACACCAGCGUUAAAGAAUUUGACAAAUGUUGAACUACAAGUAGAUAUGAUCCUGGCUGUACCUCAGGAAGAUGAGACUCCUACACCAGCUUUGAAGAAUGAGACAAAUGUUGACCUACAAGUAGAUAUGAUCCUGGCUGUACCUCAGGAAGAUGAGACUCCUACACCAGCGUUAAAGAAUUUGACAAAUGUUGAUCUACAAGUAGAUAUGAUCCUGGCUGUACCUCAGGAAGAUGAGACUCCUACACCAGCUUUGAAGAAUGAGACAAAUGUUGAAGCCCAGGCAGCUGACACAUUUGCUGCAUGUCAGCAAGAUGUGACCACUGUUGGACCUCAGGACGAUGUAACUUCUGAAUCAGUUUUUCGGAAUGAGACAAAGGAUGAGACCAUUUCUGAACCUCGGGAAGAUGAGACUCCCACACCAGCUUUGCAGACUGAGACACAUGUUGAACCCCAGGAUAGUGAGUUUUCUGCACCUCAGGAAGAAAAAAUAUUUGAACCCCAGGAUAGGGAGACCCUUUCUGCACCUGAGGAAAACAUAUUUGAACCCCGGGAUAUGGAGACCUUUUCUGUACCUCAGGAAGUAAAAAUAUCAGUUCCGCAGUAUGAGACAAAUGUGGAACCUCAAGUAAAUAUGAUGUUGCCUGGAUCUCAAGAAGAUGAGACGACUUCAUCAACUUUGUUGAAUGAGAGAAACGUUGAGACUUUUGCUGCAUAUCAGGAAGAUUCCACCACUGCUGAACCCCAGAAUGAUGAGCGUCCUUUGUCAGCGUCACAAAAUGAGACACAUGUUGAACCUGCGGACGAUGACUGUCCAUCAGCAUUGCAGAAGAAGACAGCUGUUGACCCUGAGGAUGAUGAGUGUCCUUUAUCAGAAACACACAAGACAGAUGUUGAACCUCAGGAAGAUGCGCCUCCUUCAGCAACGUCACACAAUGAGACAGCUGUGGAACCUCAGGACGGUGAGCACCCGUCGUCAUCCUCGUCGCUGAACGAGACACACGCUGAAUCUCAGGAAGAGGACGACGGCAUGAAUGAAUUCAAUAAAGCCAUCAAGAAGUUGCUCCUAAAAGGAGAGCAGUUGGAGCAGCUACUUGAGCAGGAGAAAGUAGAGAUAGAAAACCUCCUCCUGUCCCUUGUGUCGCUCUAGGGACAACGAAGCAAAUUACCCAUUCACUUGUUUUUCUCUACUUUAGUGAGCCGUGUAAUAUAUUUAAUGGAACUUAAAUGAAAAUAAAAAAA